GGCGCCGCGUGGAUCUGCUGCUGGGCGCUCGCCGGCUGCCGGGCGGCCUGGGCCGGGGACCCGCCCGCCGCGCGCCCACCAGCCUGCGGGGAGAAAGAUUACCACUUUGAGUACACGGAGUGCGACAGCAGCGGCUCCAGGUGGAGGGUCGCCAUUCCCAACUCUGCCGUGGACUGCUCCGGCCUGCCCGACCCCGUGAGAGGCAAAGAGUGCACCUUCUCCUGUGCCGCCGGAGAGUACCUGGAGAUGCGGAACCAGGUGUGCAGCAAGUGCGCCGAGGGCUCCUACUCCCUGGGCAGCGGCAUCAAGUUUGAGGAGUGGGACGAGCUGCCGGCAGGGUUCUCCACCGUGGCGACCUUCCUGGACACGGGGCUGGGGCCCCCGGGCAGCAGGCCGGACAGCUGCAGCAACUCUUCCUGGAUCCCUCGUGGGAACUACAUCGAGUCCAACCGCGACGACUGCACAGUAUCGCUGAUCUAUGCCGUGCAUCUGAAGAAGUCCGGUUAUGUCUUCUUUGAGUACCAGUAUGUCGACAACAACAUCUUCUUUGAGUUCUUUAUUCAGAACGAUCAGUGCCAGGAGAUGGAUUCCACCACUGACAAGUGGGUGAAGCUCACGGACAGCGGGGAGUGGGGCUCUCAUUCCGUGAUGCUGAAGCCGGGCACAAACAUCCUCUACUGGAGGACCACGGGUAUCCUCAUGGGCACCAAGGCCAUCAAGCCCGUGCUGGUGAAGAACAUCACGAUCGAAGGGGUGGCGUACACCUCCAAGUGCUUCCCCUGCAAGCCUGGCACAUUCAGCAACAAGCCAGGCUCCUUCUCCUGCCAGCCGUGUCCCAGGAACACCUACUCGGAGAAGGGCGCCACGGAGUGCGUGAGGUGCGACCAGGACUCCCAGUUUUCAGAGGAAGGAGCCAGCGCGUGUGUGGAGCGCCCUGCCUGCACCACGAAGGACUAUUUCCAGAUCCACACGCCCUGCAACGAGGAAGGCAAGACACAGAUAAUGUACAAGUGGAUAGAGCCCAAAAUCUGCAAGGAGGACCUCACAAAUGCCAUUCGACUGCCCCCUUCUGGAGAGAAGAAGGAUUGUCCUCCCUGCAACCCGGGGUUCUAUAACAACGGGUCGUCUUCCUGUCACCCCUGCCCCCCGGGGACGUAUUCAGAUGGCACACAGGAGUGCAGACCCUGUCCCGCAGGAACGGAGCCAGCCCUGGGGUUUGAGUACAAAUGGUGGAACCUCCUUCCCGGCAACAUGAAGACCUCCUGCUUCAACGUGGGCAACUCCAAGUGUGACGGCAUGAACGGUUGGGAGGUGUCUGGAGACCACAUCCAGAGUGGAGCUGGGGGUUCUGAUAACGACUACCUGAUCUUAAACCUGCACAUCCCAGGAUUUAAACCUCCAACGUCUCUGACGGGGGCUACAGGCUCGGAACUGGGGAGGAUAACGUUUGUCUUCGAGAUGCUCUGCUCUGCCGACUGUGUUCUCUACUUCAUGGUGAAUGAUCUCCAUGAACGUGGAAUCCACCCAGCCUCUCUCGCUGGUGACUUUUUUGUGCCUGCAGCAGCGAUUCUCCUGCACAGCAGCACCAGCGUCCUCAGAACCAACUGUGUAUUAGACACUCACGUUUCCGGGGCUGUCCUGACUUCCCGGAAGAGGAUAUUAACAGAAAAAGUACCAAUGUGGUGGAGUCAUGGGGUGGAACCAAAGAAAAGCAAGCGUACACCCACCUCAUCUUCAAGAAUGCCACGUUCACAUUCACCUGGGCCUUCCAGAGGACCAACCAAGGCCAGGAUGCGGUUUGUCAAGGACGUGGUGAAGAUCUAUUCCAUCACGGCCACCAACGCAGCCGACGGGGUGGCGUCCUCCUGCCGUGCCUGUGCCCUGGGCUCUGAGCAGUCAGGCUCAUCGUGUGUCCCCUGCCCCCCAGGCCACUACAUUCAGAAGGAGACCAGCCAGUGCCAGGAGUGUCCACCCGACACCCACCUGUCCACCCACCAGGUCUACGGCCUGGAGGCCUGCAUUCCCUGUGGGCCUGGGAGCAGGAGCACCCAGGACCAUUCAGUUUGCUACAGUGACUGCUUUUUCUACCAUGAAAAAGAAAACCAGAGCUUGCACUAUGACUUCAGCAACCUGAGCAGUGUGGGCUCAUUAAUGAAUGGCCCCAGCUUCACCUCCAAAGGAACUAAGUACUUCCACUUCUUCAACAUCAGCCUGUGCGGGCACGAGGGGAAGAAAAUGGCUCUGUGCACGAACAACAUCUCGGACUUCACCGUGAAGGAAACGGUGCUGGGCUCAGAUGAUUAUGCGAAUCUGGUCGGAGCAUUUGUAUGCCAGUCAACAAUUAUUCCUUCUGAAAGCAAGGGUUUCCGAGCAGCCUUAUCAUCCCAGUCCAUCAUUUUAGCAGAUACAUUUUUAGGAGUGACAGUUGAAACCACAUUGCAAAACAUUAAUAUAAAAGAAGAUAUGUUCCCUGUUUCACGAAGCCAAAUACCUGACGUGCACUUCUUUUAUAAGUCUUCCACAGCAACACCGUCCUGUCCCGACGGCCGAUCCGCGGCUGUGAAGAUGAGGUGCAGCCCUGCGAGGGCCGGCACGGGCGUGAUCUUGCUCCCCAGCAGGUGCCCGGCAGGUACCUGUGACGGGUGUGCCUUCUACUUCCUGUGGGAGAGUGCCGAGGCCUGUCCUCUGUGCACAGAGCAGGACUUCCACGGCAUCGAGGGCGCCUGCAAGCGAGGGCUGCAGGAAACCUUGUACGUGUGGAAUGAACCUAAAUGGUGCAUUAAAGGGAUUUCUUUGCCUGAGAAAAAGCUGUCAACCUGUGAAACCAUUGACUUUUGGCUAAAAGUGGGAACUGGAGUAGGAGCUUUCACAGCCGUUUUGCUGGUGGCCCUAACUUGCUACUUCUGGAAGAAGAAUCAAAAACUGGAGUACAAGUAUUCCAAGCUAGUGAUGACGACAAACUCGAAGGAGGGUGAGCUUCCAGCUGCAGACAGUUGUGCCAUCAUGGAAGGGGAAGACAAUGAAGAGGAAGUGGUGUAUUCUAACAAACAGUCGCUCCUGGGAAAACUCAAAUCUUUGGCAACAAAGGAAAAAGAAGAACACUUUGAAUCUGUUCAGCUGAAGUCCUCACGACCCCCCAGUAUAUGAGGAGGCCGUGCUGUGGGCCUCGGGGGAGGGGAGAUCUGCUCGGCAGCCCUGCAGGACCAUGGUCAUGGUGGGGACCUGUUCUCUGAUGGCCGGGCAUCCCCGAGGGCCGCGCUGCUGAGAGGGAAGGAGGGAAGGGAGAGGUGGCCGACUGCCUCACCGCACACUCCAGGACCUUGCCAGGCCAAGCAGUGCGCACGAACUGGGUCUCGACUGCAGAGAAGCUUAGCUCAGGAAGAGAUGACUGCAUGGCGGGACUGGCACACCCGCUGUGCCUGGCGCUGGGGUGUGGCACGGGCACCGGGCGACCGUCCUCUCCGUCUACACAGCAGAUGGACUCUGCAGCAUGGAGGCGAGCCCGUGCCUGUGAUCGCCUUUAUGUCUUGUCUUUGUUUAUAUUUUGGAAAAGACUGGAAAAACUUUCUAAGGUAUAAUUAUUUUUCCCAUUAUUUAUUUUCCCAACAGACCUUAAAUCAUCUUUUCUAUUAAAAAUGGUGAGCAGUGAAAGACAAUAAACUUUUCAUUUUUAUAGGGCGUUUUCUCUUGAUUUCAGACACUUCAAUUAUCAGUAAUAUUUUAGGGGAAAUUAGCAUGUGCUUGGGUUACUUAUAGUUGCCUUUGAAAUUCCAUCCUUGUUGGAACUGGUAAGAAGAGUUUGACCAAAAGCUUGAAGGAAUCUUAAAAAAACAAUUUUAAAGCCAGCGAGAGUCCUUGACCUGCAUUAACACCCAGAAGGUGGCGGGCUUCACACAGUGUGUAUCUGGAGCUGAAGUAGGAGAGCCUGCUCGUCUGGCCGCUUACACAGUCGCAAAGAGCAGUGUGCGCGCCUGUCUGCAAGCUCGGACACUACGGGGUGUUGGGGUGCGGACAGAUGUGGGACACUUCCCCACGUGAAGCAUGAGAGGUCCUGGUUAUUUUUCCGCUGCGAGACUUUGAGGAUUGUGAUGGUCUGGGGAGCAUCUUUUUACCCCAUAAGUCAGAUAGUUUUGGAAAAUACAUAAUUGUGUUCAUGAUGAGAAUGCAGAUGUACCAUAAGCACCUGUGAAUUAAGUGUCAUUUUUAUUCAAAAGUGACUCAGAAAAUUGUGAUAUUUCUUAUAAUGGGUUACUAGUGUUUGUAUGACGUAUUUGUUGGAAAGAAGUUAUAUUAUUUGUUGAAAGAAGUUUGAAGACGGAUUUGACCAAUUUUGUGGAAACUGUUUAGACCUGGGGAAAGGGGAUUUUCCUGGCAUUGCUGACCUAAGGUGCCUCAGUUGUUUCCAAUAAACAGUGAUCUUUGUGGGUCUUCAUCCAGAUUUUACAGUGGCUACGUCUGGCUGCAGUGACAGGGCACAGAGGUGGCUCCUCUCAGCUGUGCCGCAGGCGUUCCCAGGAAGUGUGACUUGUAAUGUGGGAGUCUUCGGGUGGUGUCUUCCCUGCUGUGAAAACUGGGAGGAAAAUGGAGCUCUGUCCCUGGGCUGGUGGCUGAGACAUUAGACCAUUUUGCUGCUGGGGAGUGGACGAUCGCUUGUGUAGCCCUCACUGUUGCAUAUGGGCAUAGGUGAAGUUGCCAUCUUUUAUUCCUAGUCACGGGACUGCAGGAGGGUGUCACUGAGCAACAAAACUUCUUGAACCAUUUAUAAAGCAGGAGUUACUUUGGCACUGUUCAUUUUUGUCCUGUGACCAGAGUGUCGGCGUAUCUUUCCCCACAGUGAUAGAAAUUUAACCAGAAGAGUGGAAUGUGCUCGAAGCAUGCCCAUUCUGAGGCGCGAAGCUGUACAGGCUGGACAGAGUCAGAGGUUCCUGGUGUCACCUGUCACCUCGCCUCCGUCAUCUGCUGUGUGCACAUGUGUGUUCCAAGCCAUUGAGAUAAUUGGAAUUUGCUCCCGGUUGCUGCUUUCUUGUCUGGUCACUGGACUAAAAUCUCUAACAUGUCAAACAUGCCUUAAAUUUUAAUGAACUCUCUGAAAAUGUAGUUGAUAUUGAAGGAUUUAUUUAUCUUAUUUCUAAUUUUAGAUAUUAAGUAGAUGUUAUCAGCUCAGUACCAUCUCAGGAAGGAGCUGCCUUGUUCUUUUGGAUUUCAGUGGGUUGUCAUUUUAUUCUAAGAGCUGAAGAAUGAGAACGGAAAGAAUAUUAUGAGGAAAAUUUCCAGAACUGUUCUGGCUGUGGAAUUCACUUUAGCUUUGUGUCUGGCUUUUGCAAAGCUCAGCAAAAUGUUGAAAGGCAUCAACAAAUCUAAGUGACAUUUGUUCUUCCCCCCUCCCACGGUAGAAAGUGUUAUUUGUUAUUUUUCUAAAAGGCACAUUUUCGAAGCCUUAAACACUUCAUUAAAUUGACUGUCACCUAUAACAUCCCUUAGCACUCUGUCAAAACCUAUUUAAAUCAGUUUUCCACUGGAUGAGAGCAUAUCUUGUAUGGAUAAAUUCUAUCAUGUCAUUAACAGUAUUGAGCAAUUUGAUAUGUGUUUGCUUGAUUUAAAAGACUGAAUUUUAUUAUUAUUGACUUCCCCAUUCUUUGGUUACUGAUAAUCACAGCCUUCCCCAAUUAAAAUGUUUCCUAGUGUUUUUGUUUA